GCAACAGUUGCCCCGGUGAGGACGAGGCGCCAUAGUCACGGUAGUCGUGGCGACCAGAGCCCAGCAACGGGGAUCAACAACAACAGUCCGCGCGCCGUUAACGAAGAGAAAAACUACCGGAACCGCGCGGUAACGGGGAAAACCGGGCCCGGGGCGCGAGGAGAGGCUCCCGUUGCAGCUCGGGGCGGCGCGCGGGGCUCGUUUGAGGCGCGUGCAGCUGUAGCGCCGCUGAGCGCGAGGCCAGGCGGAGAAUUUAAGCUGUAAUCAUCAUGGCAACUCCAGGCUACACAGAGGAACUCCAGCCCUCCCAGCCUCAAGGGUGCAGCAUAACCCCGGCCAAGGCCAACCAGCAGAAAGCCACACCCACUGCCACUCCCCAGUUCCUCCCAGAGAUACAGAGCCCCUCCAGCUCCACCUCUGCACAGACGAGCACCACCUCCAGAGCCAUACAGGCCACGCCUCUGAUAAGCCAGAAGAAGACUGCUUUGCCCACACCCCCUCCGGCAACCGUGGCAACAGCAGCUUAUGUAACCUCAGAGAUUCAAAGCUCCGCCUCCCAGUCCAGCAAUGGCCAGAGCACACCGCAGUUCAUAGUGGUGACGGUUACAGAAGGAUCUCUUCAUUCGAACGACUCCGUGUCGGACUCCAGUCCUCCCCCUGCUGUCCAGACAGGUGUACCCACCCAUGUGGUGCAGCAGGUGCAGGCCGCACAGCAGAGGUCGGUGGUGCAGACCACAGCAAAGAGCCAGAGCGGCCAGCUGGGGGUCAGCAGCCUGCACAUCACUCCUGAUAUCGCUCAGGUGGCACAGCAUGUCUACUCCAGCCAGAUUCAGUAUGUGGACGGAGACGCCAACUACAACAGCACACCCAUUCGUUCCAGUGCUUAUCCAUACACAGACUCCUCCCUCUACACCCAAGCCACACCCCCUGCUACAUACUAUGAAGCCCCGCCUACUUCUGCCUCACAGGUCUCCACCCCCGUGACCUCUCAGCCGGUGUCUGUGGCUACAGGGUCCAGCAGCGGGGCGGCACCCAUGUACUCGUGUGGUGGUGGUGCAGGUGUUACCGUGGUGACAGGAGGCUCCUCCUCAUCCAGUGGGGGUGGAGCCGGAGGCGGGGCCAGCGGAGCAGGGCCGGGGAGUUAUGUGGUUCAAGGUGGAUACCUGAUUGGUGGAGGAAGCCAGAGUUACUCACCCCACCACACACGAGCCUCGCCUGUUACUGUGCAGUGGUUGUGUGAUAAUUAUGAAACAGCGGAGGGUGUUAGUCUUCCUCGCUGCACUCUGUACUGCCACUACCUGCUGCACUGCCAGGAGGCCAAGCUGGAUCCGGUUAACGCCGCGUCCUUCGGCAAGCUGAUCCGAUCCGUCUUCUUGGGUCUACGCACCAGACGCCUGGGCACCAGAGGGAACUCGAAGUAUCAUUACUAUGGCCUCCGGAUCAAGAGCAGCUCCCCUCUUCAGAAGCUGAUGGAGGACCAGCAGCACCUGGCCAUGAGACAACAGCCCUUCUCUCAUAAACACAGGCUGAAGCCAGUGCAGAAGGUUGAAGGAAUGACCAAUGGGAUGGGGAUGGGGAUGGGGUCAGGACAGGGGGUGGGGCUUGCAGACAUCAGCACUCAAGUUCAACAGUAUCAGCAGUUUUUGGAUGCAGCUCGUGCUUUGCCGGAGUUUCCGGAUAUUGAUGUCCAGGAUAAACCCCUGCCGGACGGGAUUCUUCCAGAACACAUCCAGGCCUUCCAGCAGCUCUACAGAGAACACUGUGAGGCUAUAGUGGAUGUGAUGGUGAACCUGCAGUUUCCUCUGGUUGAGACUCUGUGGAAAAGCUUCUGGAGGUUCAGUGAGGGACCAACUAGUGAACUGGCUGCUCUCGAACUUAAUGGAGAAUCGGAGAAGCGUUUGCCGAAGUCGUGUUUGGUCCUGCUGUGUAAAUACGACCCUGUUCUGAGCUGGAGCCGCAACUGUGACAACUCCCUCUACCAGACUCUAGUGGAAAUCCUCAUCCCCGACGUCCUCAGACCCAUACCCAGUGCCUUAACCCAAGCCAUCCGUAACUAUGCCAAAAGCUUAGAGAGCUGGCUCACCAGCGCCAUGAUGAACAUCCCGGAGGAGAUGGUCCGCAUCAAGGUUGUGUGUGCAGGAGCGUUUGCUCAGACUCUGCGCAGGUACACGUCUCUGAAUCACCUGGCUCAGGCUGCUCGAGCCGUGCUGCAGAACUCCGCCCAGAUCACACAGAUGCUCAACGACCUCAACAGAGUGGACUUCACCAACGUACAGGAGCAGGCAUCAUGGGUGUGUGUGUGUGAGGAGCGUGUGGUGCAGCAGAUCGAGCAGGACUUUAAGCUGACGCUGCAGCAGCAGAAGUCCCUGGAGCAGUGGGCGGCGUGGCUGGACGGGGUGGUCUCUCAGGUCCUGAAGCCGUACGCCUCCAGCCCCGCCUUCCCCAAAGCAGCCAAACUCUUCCUGCUGAAGUGGAGCUUCUACAGCUCCAUGGUGAUCAGGGAUCUGACUCUGCGCAGUGCGGCCAGUUUCGGCUCCUUCCACCUGAUCCGCCUGCUGUAUGAUGAGUACAUGUAUUACCUGGUGGAGCACAGGGUGGCCCAGGCCAAGGGAGAAACACCCAUCGCUGUUAUGGGAGAGUUUUCCAGUCUGGGUCGGAAUAUGAACUCAUCAGACCUAGAUAAAGAAGAGGAGGAAGAGGAGGAGGAGGAAAGCGAUGAAGAUCUGAUGUGCGUAACAGCUGAUUCGUCUGGAUUGGGGGAGGAGUCUAUGGAACCGCCCACCAAACUAGCCAGAACGGACCUGUUCACCCCUGCACACAAUUAAAACACACACAUACACCACACACAUACCUUUAUACACACACACACAUAUAUAUAUAUGCAUAUAUACACACAUUUCACUCAACACCAUACACAGCCAUUACACACACACACACACUUUAUACACAUAUACACACACUUCCCAUUGGCUUUCGGCUUUCUUAUACACAUAUAUAUCCUGAGUUUCUCAUCUUAGUGCCAUGUAGUCACCUGCCUUACCCUUUACUGAGCUCCUCUGUUGCCUCUAUCCGAUAGUGUAAUGUAUUGAUGUCUAAUGCCUUAACUUGAUUUCAGUGAUAAUGCCUUAAGUAUAACAUAUUAUAGCCUGUUUGUGUGAUUUACAGCGUUUACAGUAUACAUCUUAUAUACACAUAUAUAAAUAUAAACAGAGAGAGAGAGAGAGAGAGAAAGUCUGCAUGUCUGAGUUAAAAAGAGUGAGAUUUAGAGAUUCAAAAUCCUCAGAUUUCUUAAUCAGGAAUCAGGAAACCGUUAUUUUUGAUUAAACGCCCUCCUGUUGCUUUUUCUCCCAUCAGCCAUCAUGUUUUUCAUUGCUUUGCAUUUCCCUGAUUUGCUGCUUCAUGGAAGCUGUAGUUCUGUCACUUCUCCACAUUAACCAACCAGUAAUUAUCAUUCAUUAUUUUACAUGAUGCUAAUUGGCCCCUACUGGCUGUCAGGCACUUUUAGCAGCAUUAGCAUUUGUGGAGUAAUGCUGAUAUAUUCAUUCUAUUUACUGUGGGAAAUUGGAUAUCUGUGCAUGGAAUGAUGCUGUUUCAGUGUAACAUGCAGAUAAUUAUACACUAUUUUAAAAACAAAUCCCAAAAUAUUAUACCUAAAAAUAUAAAAAUAUAAACAAUGCUUUUUUGUGUUUUAUACUUGUGAGGUGAGGGAAUCUGCAAAAAGGCAUAAACAAUAUUCAGAUUUGUAAAUUAUAUAAAAAAUAAAAUAAAAUCUGUCUAUUGGACGUUUCACCUUUGACCCUUCAUAUUUCUGAGGUUUAAAUCAAGUAUAUAUAUAUAUAAUUUUUUUAAAUUCUAUUAACAAUUCUCACCACUUAGAUCAAAAUUUAAUAAAGCUUUGUUAAAAUUAAUUUUUUUGAAUUACAGUACCAGUCAAAAGUUUGCACACACCUUAAAUUCAGUAUUUUUUCUUAAUUUUAAAAAUCAUCAGUGCUGAACUCAUCAAGAGUUAACUACUUGAAUUUCUUGUCUCUUAAUAAAGUAGUGAAGAGGUACAGUUACAGUAAAAAUACACCAUCAAAAAUGUUAUGAUGAUGAAACUGGCACUCAUCAGGACUGCCCCAGAAAAGGAAUAGUAAGAAUUAUAGAUCAAAAUUCAAAAAUGCAUUGUUAAAAUCACAUUUUUUUGAAUUACAGUAUCAUUCAAAAGUCAGGACACUUUUUUAUAUUAAAAAACAGCUGUGCUGACCUCGUCAAGAGUUAAUUACUUGAAUUUCUUGUCUCUUAAUAAAGUGUUUGAGAGCAUCAGUUAAAGUAAAGUAGUGAAGAGGUAGAGUUACAGGUAUACAGUGAAUAAUAGCUCUAUAUGAGUAAUGUUCUAAUCCAGAUUAUGAGAAGCAACAACUACUCAACUAAAUAAAAAAAGAAAAAAUAGACCAUUAAAAAUGUUAUGAUGAUGAAACUGGCACUCAUCAGGACUUGAGUUAGAGUUUUCUCUGUUAUACAGGAUAAGUUCAUCAGAGUUUCCAGCCUCAGAAACCUCUAAAAGUUAACAGCUCCCCAGAUAAGAUUUUGGUUUAACACUGUUUUUAAAUUACUACAUGAUUCCUUAUGUGUUCCUUCAUAGUCUGAUAGAUCACUUUACUAUUCAUUUACUAUGUAGGGAAAAAAAAGAAAGAAAAACAUUGAACAAAAAGGUGUGUCCAAACUUUUGACUGGUACUUUUUACAAAAUGCAGAUUCAAUACUUGCGUCAGCUUUUAAGAUCCAUACAGACAAAGCUGAUUGAAAGAAGUUGUUAGCAUCUGUUUGAGACAUUGCUAAUAGUGGCUAAUGACCAUUAGCACCCAAAUAGAUAGUUUUACAACUUUUAUAGUUUGUUCAGUGUUUACAAAUAAAGUGUACCUGAAUUAUGCUAGUGAUAUUAGUGAUAUAAACAAUAACUAUUUUACAGUUUCGUGGCUAUUAAAAUCAUGUAGUGUGAACAAAUAAUGAUAAUCAUAGUGUACUGUAUGAAGAGUGAUAUAUUCUGUUGCUUCAAAUUAAUUUGGUAAAUUAAAAAGAUUAUUCUGAGAUCUGAGGUGCGUGUUGCCAUUGCAACUAUUCUCUGAUAAAACCAGAGGCUAAAAGUUAUAUAUACAGCCCUGGAAAAAAAUAUUUUUCUCAAUCAGUUUCUCUGAUUUUGCUAUUUAUAGGUUUAUGUUUGAGUAAAAUUAACAUUGUUGUUUUAUUCUAUAAACUACAGACAACAUUUCUCCCAAAUUCCAAAUAAAAAUACUGUAAUUUAGAGCAUUUAUUUGCAGAAAAUAACAAAAAACAUGCAGAGCUUUCAGACCUCAAAUAAUGUAAAGAAAACAAGUUCAUAUUCAUAAAGUUUCAAGAGUUCAGAAAUCAAUAUUUGGUGGAAUAACCCUUGUUUUUAAUCACAGUUUUUGUGAUUAAAUCUUGGCAUCAUGUUCUCCUCCUCCACCAGUCUUACACACUGCUUUUGGAUAACUUUAUGCUGCUUUACUCCUGGUGCAAAAAUUAAAGCAGUUCAGCAUGGUUGAUCUUGAUUAUAUUCCAGAGGUUUUCAAUUUGGUAAAAUCAAAGAAACUCAUCAUUUUUAAGUGCUCUCUUAUUUUUUCCCAGAGCUAUAUAUGUGUAUGAUAUGUGUUGAAUUAAGUGUAAAAAUAGAUUAAAAAAAAAAAAAAAAAAAAACAUUUGUUUUUGUUUAAAUUUAAAGGACAGAUGAUCCACCAUGUUUUUUUAUUUGGGUGGGCUUUGUUCAUAUUUGUGUAUUUUUUUUUUUGUCUUUUUUCUUUUUGAUCUUUGAUAAGACAGCCUGUUGCCUGGCAACACAACAUUGCUCCACGUUUUUUAAAGCAUAAAAAUCCCUCUAAUAUGUUCCAGAUCGUAAUGAUAUACUAUUCUGCUAGUCUUUGCUUUGCUUUUUGCAUUAUUAUUAUUAUUAUUAUUAUUAUACUUAUUAUUUUUGCCAGAGAAGAGAUUCAGCUUUCUGCUCAGUGUACUGACUGUAUUGAUUUGUGCCUUUAAAUUGAAUAUCCCUCUGUCUGGAGGAUCUUUAAAUGUAUGAAUAAAUUAAGAGGAUGUCACAUUUUUAUGCUAUUUAUUUUGCUUAAAAAAAAUGCAUCUUAGUGGCUUUAGACCAAAUGUAGCUAUGCAGUAGAAACUAAACUGUCCCAGUGUUCAUACAUUUCCAUUUCCAUGCCAUUUGUCUGUUUUUUUUUAUUUGCAUGACAAUCCAUAUUUAAUAUAUAGUUUCAUUAAGUCAUCCAUAAUGCUGUCAUUCAAAUAUAUAUAUAUAUAUAUAUAUAUAUAUAUAUAUAUAUACACAUAUAUAUAUACAUAUAUACAUACAGGUGCAUCUUAAACAAAUGUUACUUUAUAUCAGUAAUUUAGUUAAAAAUUUAGUUAAAAACAUGAAACUCAUAUAUUAUAUAGAUGUCUUACACACAAGGUGAUCUAUUUUAAGCAUUUAUUUAUUUUAUUGUUGAGAAUUAUAGCUUACAGCCAAUGAAAAAUCAGUGUCUCGGAAAAUUAGAAUAUUAUAUAAGACCAGUUGGUACUUUCUGCAGUGUGGGCAGUGUGCCAAGUCCUGCUGGAAAAUGAAAUCCUCAUCUCCAUAAAAGUGACUUUAGACUUGAUAAUAAAACACAGUGGAUCAACACCAGCAGAUAACUUCUUUUUUUUUUU